CCGGAAAUGCCAAUUUUGUCGGCCUGGUCCUCUCAUCUCCUCUCUAUGUUCAGCCUUACGACGUACUGCCCUACCUGCUAAGCAGGAUGCGUAGUGGAAAGUGAGUAUAGUUGGGUCCGGCGGCCAAUGACAGCGGGGAACUUUAUCCCCUCUCCGCGAUUCCGAGAGCGGGCCGUGAUUGGCUCGGUGGCGGGCACGGAAUCGUGCCGUGAUUGUGCCGCUAUUCUAGGCCCAGAUUACUCGAUCGCUCCCUUCAGGUCCUCUUUGAGUCUCCUCUUGGCAUCAUCUCUCCUUAUCGAACAAAGCCAACCAACCGUCAGCACAUCCAGUUUUUCCCAUUCACCCUUCCAUUUCCAUUCCCUCAGGGACGAGGCGAAAUGGAUUACUCGUUCUAUUCCAACACCCAUCAGCAGCCGUUCCCUCUGUACGGCGUCCACGGACUGCCAACCCCCGACCACAGUAAUCCGACACCUCGUGCCGAAGAGCUUCAAGGCACGUUCGGUCCUCUGGGUUCGCAAAACUACCCGCCCUUCGAUCCAACCUUGCGCUUUCACGAUCCCCACGGUGGCGCCUCCUUUGUCCCUCCACCUCACUCGCCGCCCGAGUCCACCACCAAGCAAUCGGUCUCAAGCAAUGACUAUCCCAAUAACCACUACGAUCGAGCAUCGCCUGACGGGGACGACCAGCUCUUGGACCUGAACCUCGGCCGAAGCAGUAGUGAAGAGAAGGAGAUCCUCACCCCGGCGCAAUCCAAAAGAAAGGCACAGAACAGAGCAGCUCAGCGCGCAUUCCGCGAACGAAAGGAACGGCACGUGCGCGAUUUGGAGGAGAAAGUCAGCAAUCUCGAAAAUGAAUCCAGCACGCUCAUGGCAGACAACGAGCGGCUCAAGCGCGAACUGGCAAAGUUCACAACCGAGAAUGAAAUCCUUCGUGCAACUUCAGGCUCCCUCCGCCACACGAACCAUCACGCUCCAGACUCUGAGCCGACAACCACCGGGCCGAUGAAGUACUCGCCUAUGGAUUUUAAAUCCGAUUUCGGCUCUGAUGAAGAUCGCGGCCCGCACCACCGAAUAACGGUCUGCGCGAAGACAGGAGAGAAGCUUCUGGGCUCGGCUGCCACGUGGGAUCUCAUCCAGGGGCAUGAGCUCUUCAAGCGCGGCCUGGUGGAUAUCGGCGAUGUCUCGGGUCGGUUGCAGGGAACGGCUCAGUGCGAUGGGCAAGGUCCCGCUUUUCGGGAGAGUGAGGUCCUGAAGGCCAUUGAGGAGAGUGCCGCCUCUGGCAAUGACGAGUUGAUUUAA